UCCUAAUUCAUCAUCUUCCUUUGACUUCAAACUAUUUUAUGCCUACCAUGUGUUCUACUUAUUUCCUCAGUAGGUGAAAAUUUCUCACAUUGGUUCAUUUUCUUCGAUCAUCUUUCAGUCAUCACUGGAAAAGAAGAUAACUACUUUUGAAGGUCUAGCAUGGAAACUAACAAAAAAAUUGAAUUAGCAGAACAAGGUUCUCCUGAAGUUCCAUCACUAAUUAAGUAUAUAUCAUCAAAUGAAGUAGUUGGAUUUGAUACUGGUGAUGCUCAACUUCCAAGCCCAUCUACCAAAGAAAGUGAAUUAACAUCAAUAGAAAGACAAGGUGAUGAAGCUGUGGUGAUCAACCACCAAAGGAAGCAAUCUGUUUCAAUCAGCAUGCCACUAACCUGUGAAGAGGCUCUGCCACAUGAAACCAACAUGGUUUUCUUCAGUGAUGAAGUUGGUAGAGACGGUGUUCCCAUUUCUGCAGUUGAUGCAGAUUCUAAGUCUCCACAGCAAUCUAAAUAUUACUCUCAACCAAUGCCAAAGGCCUAUGUGCACCCUACUGAUUCAUCACCUCAUGGAGCAGAAAUUCCAAACCAUCCUGGCAUCAGAGCCUUCAGGGAUAAGAGAUUUGAUUCCUUCAAAACAUGGUCUGGAACACUUGAGAGACAGAUAUCAAUGCUUAGAGGGAAGUCACCCAGACAUACUAGAGAAGAAGAAAACAAUAAUAACAACAACAACAAUGUCAGGAACACUGAAAGGCCUGUACCGGUUGAUCGAUAUUUCGAUGCAUUGGAAGGACCAGAAUUGGAGACACUAAGGUCUUCAGAAGAGAUACUGCUUCCUCAGGACAGCAAAUGGCCAUUUCUUCUUCGAUUUCCUGUCUCGGCUAUCGGUAUCUGUCUUGGAGUUAGCAGCCAAGCAAUUCUCUGGAAAACACUUGCAAUUUCUCCAUCCACUGAGUUUCUUCACUUAAGCCUCAGAAUAAACUUAGUCCUAUGGUUCAUCUCCAUUGCUCUUGUUAUUACUAUCUUCACCACAUAUCUUUUCAAGAUAAUUCUCUACUUUGAAGCAGUUCGUCGCGAGUACUACCAUCCGAUCCGUGUUAACUUCUUCUUUGCACCCUGGAUAGCCCUUUUGUUCUUGGCUCUUGGUGUUCCACCAUCAAUCACAAAGAACCUUCACCAUUCACUUUGGUACAUUCUAAUGACACCAAUUUUCUGCCUUGAGCUUAAGAUCUAUGGACAGUGGAUGUCUGGAGGCCAAAGGAGGCUAUCAAAGGUUGCAAACCCAUCAAACCAUCUUUCAGUUGUUGGAAACUUUGUUGGAGCAUUGCUUGGUGCAACAAUGGGACUGAAAGAAGGGCCUAUUUUCUUCUUUGCUAUAGGUUUGGCUCAUUACACUGUCUUGUUUGUGACUCUCUAUCAGAGACUUCCAACAAAUGAGACACUCCCUAAGGAGUUGCAUCCAGUGUUCUUUCUAUUUGUGGCUGCACCUAGUGUUGCUUCAAUGGCUUGGGCUAAGAUUCAGGGCUCUUUCGAUUAUGGAUCAAGGAUUGCUUAUUUCAUUGCCAUGUUCCUUUAUUUCUCACUGGCUGUACGGAUCAAUUUUUUCAGAGGCUUCCAAUUCUCACUUUCAUGGUGGGCCUAUACAUUUCCAAUGACUGGUGCAGCAAUUGCAACAAUAAAAUACUCAAAUGAGGUCACAAAUGUUUUCACAAAAACAAUGUGUGUAAUACUAAGUAUCAUCUCUACAUUGGUGGUAACAGCACUUGUUGUAACAACCAUGUUGCGUGCAUUUGUGUUCAAGGAUCUGUUUCCCAAUGACAUAGCUAUUGCCAUAAGUGACAGAAAAAGAAAACCCCACCAUCAUCAUCAUCAUAGGAAAUGGUUUCAUCUUGGGCAUGGAAGCCAUGACACUAAAGAGAUUGAGAAUUACUUGAAGUUUGUGGAUUCAGAUAAAAUUGAUAUAGAAGCUUCAACAACACUUCAUCCCUCUAAUAGCAUAGAGGAUUCUUCAUCACCAUCUACCUGAGGAUAUGGUACUAAUUAGUUCUUCAUAAGAAUAAUAAAAUCAUGAGGAUAGUUACACAUGUGAGGAGCAUAAUAAUUAAGAGUUUUGAUUAUUGUUCCAGUGACCAUGUAUGUUAGAAUAUGUGAAGGUUUGUGUAUGAAGAUUGAAGAACUGAAUUUUGUAGCAAAGGUUUGUGUGAUUGUAAUAUAUUUGAGAAUCACUAUAAAUAAUGAGUACUUAAUUAUAAUAAUAAUACAAUGAUCCUAUAGUAUAUAAAAAGU